AUGGCAAAGCUCAUCCUCCUCACUGGUCUGGCCCUGGUGCUGCUUGCUCAGCUUGGCUCCGCCUACCAUCUGACAUGCUACUUCAGCAACUGGGCCCAGUACAGGCCAGGCCUGGGGAGAUUCACGCCGGAUAACAUUGACCCCUGCCUCUGUACUCACUUGAUCUAUGCUUUUGCUAGAAUGAGUAACAAUGAGAUCACCACAAUCGAAUGGAAUGAUGUGAAAUCCUUCAAUGGUUUGAAAAACAAGAACAGAAAACUGAAAACUCUCCUGGCCAUUGGAGGCUGGAACUUUGGAACUGCCCUGUAACUUCUUUCUGUCUCCUUCAAAUUCACCACCAUGGUUUCCACUUAUCAGAACCGCCAGACCUUCAUCAAAUAAGUGAUCAAAUUCCUGCGCCAGUAUGGGUUUGAUGGCCUGGAUUAUGACUGGGAGUACCCUGGGUCUCGAGGCAGCCCUCCUCAGGACAAGAACCUCUUCACUGUCUUGGUCAAGGAAACACAUGAAGCCUUUGAGCAGGAAGCCAAGCAGACCAACAGCCCCAGACUGCUGGUCACUGCUGCUGUGGCUGCUGGCGUCUCCACCAUCCAGUCUGGCUACGACAUCCCCCAGCUCUCUCGGUAUCUGGACUUCAUCCACGUCAUGACCUAUGACUUCCAUGGCUCGUGGGAGGUCUACACUGGAGAGAACAGCCCCCUGUACAAAAACCCCAGUGACACCGGUGGCAAUGCCUACCUCAAUGUGGAUUAUGCUAUGAACUAUUGGAAAAACAAUGGCGCCCCAGCUGAGAAGCUCAUCGUUGGAUUCCCAGCUUAUGGACACAACUUCAUCUUGAGGAAUCCUUCUCAACAUGACAUUGGUGCCCCUACCUCUGGCCCUGGUCCUGCUGGGACCUACACCAGGGAGGCUGGCUUCUUGGCUUACUAUGAGAUCUGCCCCUUCCUGAAGAAUGGUGUUACUCAGGUGUGGGAAGCUUCUGAGGACGUUCCCUAUGCUUACAAAGGUAAUGAGUGGGUUGGUUAUGACAACCCCAAGGGCUUCCAAAUUAAGGCUGACUGGCUGAAGAAAAAUAACUUUGGAGGUGCCAUGGUCUGGGCCAUUGAUCUGGAUGACUUCACUGGGACUUUCUGUAACCAGGGAAAAUACCCCCUGAUCAGCACCUUGAAGAAAGCCCUGGGUCUGGACAGCGCAAUCUGUACCGCCUAAGCUCAAUCUAUUCCUCCAAGCACAUCAGCUCCCAGCAGGGGCGGAAGUGGUAGCUCAGGUGGGAGCAACUCUGGGGGCAGCAGAUUCUGUGCUGACAAAGCCCACGGUCUCUACCCUGUGGCCAGUAACAGUAAUGCUUUCUGGCACUGUGUGAAUAGCAAAACCUACAAGCAGAACGACCAGGCUGGGCUCGUCUUUGACACCAGCUAUCAGCGCUGCAACUGGGCAUAAACUUGACUUUCCUU